UUCCUGAGACUGUAGUUGCUAAAACAGGAUCGGUAAAAAAGACAAAAGCGCGAGGUGUCAGGAGAAAAUGCCUCCCAAAUGAUCAAAGAACAUGGGGGAUAUAAGGGACUUUCUUUCCAAGCAAACGAACAGUCCCAGUGGCAGUAGCAGCAAAGCAAGCAUGCAACUAGAAGGACCUAAACCCCCUCAGGGAUUUACGCCAACUCGACCAAAGGAGGAAAAUGACAGUGAUUUCACUGUUCAACAUUCCCAUGAAUUUACAGUGAAAUUCAAUCAAGCUAGUUAUGAAUAUACUGUUCAGUGUAAUCAGCUUUGCACAGUGCUGGAAGCCAUAAAAUCAAAUGAGAAAUGCAAUGAGAAGAUUAAGUGUGCAGAUGAGAACAUUAUCAUUCAGCUAGGUAAAGAGGAUAAGAAGUCAAUCGUUGCAGCACAUUUCCCCUGUUCUUGUAUUGAUGAUGGUGAGAGUCUGAUCAUAUCAUGUAGAGCAGAAAAAGUUGAAGGUAAAAUCCAACAUUCCAAAAUAGUGCAUCCAAAAGAGCACUAUUCUGUCUUCUAUAUAGACACAGUUGGUGGGCUACACACUAAAACAAAGGAACUUUUUAAAAAUAAUGAUGUAAAACAGUUCAAGAACCUCUGUGUUUAUGGAGAAAAGGGAAUAACUGUGGCUGAGGCUCUGAAGAGAGACGGUCGCUUCAUUGAUGAUCUUGGCUACUUUGAGCUGUCCAACAAUCAGGAUCCCAAACGCCUCACUGUAUGCACACAAAAGGUAGAAAAACUACACCAGAAACAAUUCAAGAUACGCCUUCCAAAAGAUAAAAAAGAACACAAUGGAAAGCCGCAAGAAAGCCCAUCAAAUAAUUCUCAAAGUAAGUGUGAAAGAAGAUCAGGGUCAGAGAUCGUCUAUUUAGCACAACAGGAGGGAAUCCGUGUAAAAACCGCAGUGAAAGAAACCAGCGGUGAUGUUGAUACAAACAAGAUUUAUGAACUACUGCGUGAGCAGUUUCCAGAUCUGAAACGAUGGAUGGAGAGUAGAUUCCCUGGUGAUUUGUAUCAGGAAGCACUGAAUCUCAGGAGGGAAAACUUUGGAAAGAUCCAGCAGUCCUUCAGUCAAGUUCACAGAGUCAGGAAGCUGCUAGAACUGGGAAAGUCAGUUUGCAAAGUCGUUGUUAAGGAUGUUUCUAUGGGAACAGGCUUCGUGCUGUUUGAUACUUUCAUCCUGACUAGCGCACAUUUGUUUAAAGGUUAUGUUGAAGGAAAGAAGCUGCAGCAGGAUGUAGAAGUGUUUGCUAUUUUUGACUAUGAGGAGCCUGAGCCAGUAACAAAGUUCUACUACUUUAGAGCAGAGAAUACAUUCACUGACUUUGAUGCUGAUCUAGAUUAUGCAGUUCUGGAGCUCAACCCUGAAGGUUCAAAACCAAACCAGCAAACAAGAGCACAGAACAUAAAGGUACCACCAGGGCUGCUCAGUGAGUUUGGACCACUGCCUGCCAAUGGUGAAGCCUGCAUCAUUGGACACCCAGCAGGGGGGGUGAAAAAAAUGGAUCCUACAUGUAUCAUUGAGACAGAUAAGAGAGGGCAGGCUAUUGAUGAACAUUUGUAUCAGUACAAAAACCUGGUCAUCAUCAAAACAAUCAGUGAUUGGCUCAAAAAGCAUGGCAUUGAUGAAAUAUUGAUAGGUGGGAGUAAAGCAGGAAAAGUAGCAACCUACCACACUUUCAUGUAUCAUGGUGCCUCUGGUUCUCCAGUGUUUGAUGGACUUGGCAGAGUUUUUGGUUUGCACACUGCAGGUUAUAUCUGUGAUUCAGUCAACAGUGAUGAGAGUGUCAUUGAAUAUGCCAUUCCUCUUCUUACUAUAUUUGAAAACUUUGUGGGAAACCUGAAGGAAAGUGAAAAUGAGGAGCUGUUGAAGAAAGUUGAGAAGGCAGCAAAAAGAAACCCACACCUGAAAGAGAUACUCAAUGCUGAGGAGCCAAUGGAAGUCAGUUAGAUAUGCAAGUUAGAGUCUGGCAAGCUAUUUCUGGUUCCAGAGAUUCCUAAUUUUCUAAUGCAUUAUUCGUCAAAGAAUUGAACACAUAAGAUGUAACCUGAACCUGUGCCUCUGAGGACCUGUGGUAUAAGACACAGGAGGAUUUGGAGCUUAGUGAAGUUACUUUAGCCCAAGGUUUUAGCAUUAACAUGUCAGUUCUUAUUGAGAUAUAUUACAGUCAAAGCUUAUACUGCAGAUGUAACCUCAUGCUGAGUAAAAUAAUUUAUGAAUUUAUGAAAUAAGAACAUUUCUAACUUUGCACCUGAAAAACACAGAUACUUUGUAUUUACCUUUUACGGCACAUUACGUUAAGUGGAGAUGAAUGAUAAAGAUGUCUUGUUUAAAACCAAGCUUGUAAGUGGCAUUAGUUUGAUGUGUAGAUUUUAAUAGAGGUUUCUAAUCUAUUGGGUGAGAAGCUUUCUGUUCAGAUCUAUCACUCGAGGAUUUUAUUAUGUUUGUUUUUUUGUUUUAGAACUACUAGUGUAAUGAAAACCAUCCUUUGAAAGUCACGUUUUUUACACCUUGUGUUUUAACAUUGCUGUGCAUGUUUAGUACAAUGUAAUGCAAAACAUAUGCUGUUUGUGACAUAUUUAGUGCUGUCAUUAUGAACUGUAACUUUUCUUUGUUUUUUAACUUUCCUUCCUGUUCAAAAAGGAAAUGUGUUUAUUUCAAGUCAAGAUUCUUUACACUCUAGUUUUGUAAACCCACACAGGAAAAGACUUUCUGUCAAACACAUUUUGUGAGGUUUGGUGUACAUGUCUUUGUGGCAAAACUUCCCAAAGAAACUGACUGAGUAACACCAAACCUUUUUUCCUGUUAUUAUUUGAGUUCUGAAUCAAAUAAAAAACAAAUGCUAAAAUCACCUUCAUGUUAGAGUGGUUCCUAGUGGCAGGAACGUUUUGUUUUAUCCAAGGGACUAGUUCAGUCUUAUAUACAUAAGUAAAAAUGUUUUUUUAGUUAAUGUGCCGUGACAUUAAAGUACAAACUGCGCCCAGGCCAGAAUAAAUUAUUCAUUGCUGCUAACACCAAAUAAAGCAAAGUAACCAAAUGAAGCUGAGGUAAAUGUUUCUUUUCCACCUAACUCGAGUGCAGCGAUCAGCAGCUGACAGCUGAAGCUGUGCAAAGUGUGUUAUAAUGUUUUUAAUGUUAUACAAGUUUGCUUUUAUUGGUUUUAGAUCUUUUAGUUUAAAUCCUAACUCUGUAACAGUUUUAGAUCUUUUUGUGUGUUUUGUGUUUAAGAUUUAGGAUAUUUUAUUUGUCAUCACAACAAAACUUUGAAAUUUAAUCUGCAAAGAUCCUCAAGGUGGUGUUCAGUUGAUGAUUCUAUGGGACAAUUGGAUGCUCCUCCUGGGCCGGGGCUUCCUAAGGCCUUGCUCUGUUACACUGCACAGAAUUACUGUAGGUCAGCGGGUCACAUGUACUGACCCAUCAACUGCUUCUGAUUCAGGACACGUUGAUGUUUCUGGUGGUCAGUACUGUCUCAGUGAAGAAGUAAAUGUAGGUCCGGGCAGCUGACUUUCUGACUUUGGCAUUUUGGCUGUAGUUUAGAAGGCAGAGCAGAUCAGAAGAUUGGUGGUUCGAUCCCCAUUUGCUCCAGCCUGCAUGCCAAAUAUCCUGGUGAGAUACUAACUCCAAGUUACUCUCUGAUACAUCCAUCAGAGUAUGAAUAUGUGUGAAUGUUAGACAGAAAGCACUUAAAUAGAAAGAGCAUGGAAAAAAGUUCUUGUGUGAAUGAGGCAAGCUGUGCAAAGUGCUUCGAGUGCUCAGGUAGAGUAGAAAAGCGAUACAUAAGAACCAGUCCAUUCACCCGUUCAGACCAAAAACCAAAUGUAACAAUUCAGAAACAGCAUCAGAGUUGCACCAGGCCACACUUAAUCUGUUGUGGAUAGGCGUGGCUUUGGGUCACGUGGUGUCGGUAAUAGUACUAGUGAUUGCUAUAUUACCUGUUCAUGCCCCGAGGAAAUUUUGUGAAUGAGUGGGCGAUGGGGGAAGUCGACUUUUGCUGACCGCUCAAGCCUUGAAUGUUUUGAUCACUGUUUUUUCUUUGGAUUUUAAGGAUUAUGAUAACAAAUAAAGGAGUUUUUAAACUUGAACUUGGACUUAUGAUUUGAACAGCGGGCGCGUCAACAUUAUUCCCCUAUUCAGCUGCUUGGCGGC